AGCACCGCCCUCAAACACUGGACUCAGCAGCUGUACAGAGACACACGUCUGCCUGGCUGUCACACGGACUCAGGACCGACGAACCUCAGGACCUCGUUUGACCGAAGACAUUUGAAAGAAAGCAUUUGAGUUUGGAUUUGGUUGAGAUAUGAGACCGGGCAUGACGGUGCGGGCCGAGCUGAGGGUGUAGCCACAUCUGGCACAGACUGCUGAAGUAAGCAGGAGCCCCUCAGAUCACCAAACCAUCGACUGCAGCAAGGAAGAUGGGUGAGACAGAGGAGGAGAGGGAUAGUGUGGGGAAGCUGUUUGAGAACUUCAUCCAGGCCUCGACCUGUAAGGGGGCCCUACAGGUCUUCAAUGUCCUCUGCAGACUAGUCGACCUGGACCCUGCAGACAACAGCACCUUCUACAGCAGCCUGAAGGCCAAGGUCAACACCUGGAAGGCCAACGCUCUGUGGAGUAAGCUGGACAAGAGGAUGUCACAUAAAGAAUACAAGAAAGGCCAAACCUGUGCUGGCACCAAGUGUCUCAUCAUCGGCGGAGGCCCCUGUGGUCUGCGGACGGCCAUCGAGCUGGCUCUGAUGGGUGCCAAAGUGGUGGUGAUAGAGAAGAGAGACUCUUUCUCGCGGAACAACGUGCUGCACCUUUGGCCCUACACCAUUCACGACCUGCGAGGCCUCGGGGCCAAAAAGUUUUACGGCAAAUUCUGCGCGGGGGCCAUUGACCACAUCAGUAUCCAGCAGCUGCAGCUGAUCUUACUGAAGGUGGCCCUGAUCGUUGCAGUGGAGUUUCACAUCAAUGUGGAGUUUGACAAGCUGUUGGAACCUCCAGAGGAUCAGGAAAAUGAAGGGAUUGGGUGGAGAGCUGCAAUCCGACCUGCUGAUCACCCUGUGGCUAACUUUGAGUUUGACGUGGUGGUGGGGGCCGACGGACGCAGGAAUACUUUGGAAGGUUUCAAAAGGAAGGAAUUCAGGGGGAAGCUGGCGAUCGCCAUCACAGCCAACUUCAUCAACAGGAACACCACGGCAGAGGCCAAAGUAGAAGAGAUCAGCGGCGUGGCUUUCAUCUUCAACCAGAAGUUCUUUCUGGACCUCAAAGAGGAGACAGGUAUUGAUCUGGAGAACAUCGUGUACUACAGGGACAACACUCAUUACUUUGUCAUGACUGCAAAGAAGCAGAGUCUGCUCGACAAGGGAGUUGUCAUUAAUGAUUACAUCGACACCCAGAUGCUGCUGUGCAGUGAAAAUGUCAACCAGGAAGCUCUUCUGUGCUAUGCCCGAGAGGCUGCUGACUUUGGCACCAACUACCAACUUCCAACGCUGGAUUUUGCCGUAAACCACUGUGGGCAGCCAGAUGUGGCGAUGUUUGACUUCACCAGCAUGCACGCCUCUGAGAAUGCUGCUCUUGUCAGGGAGAGGCUUGGACACCAGCUGCUGGUAACGCUGGUUGGCGACAGCCUGCUGGAGCCCUUCUGGCCCAUGGGGACGGGUUGUGCCAGAGGCUUUCUGGCUGCCUAUGACACCGCCUGGAUGGUAAAGAGUUGGGCUCAUGGACGGACCGUUCUGGAAGUGCUUGCAGAGAGGGAGAGUAUUUACAGGCUGCUUCCACAGACAACACCUGAAAACAUUGCCAAAAACUUUGAACAGUACACCAUAGACCCUGGGACUCGAUACCCCAACCUAAACUCCUCUUGUGUUAGGCCCCACCAGGUGCGUCACUUGUACAUCAGUGGAGAGCUGAGUUCCUGUUCUUUGGAGCGAGCUGCUUCGAUACGUCGGCCUGUCAAUCUGAGAAGACAAGAGUCUGAAAUCAGACCAGCUAGGCUUCUCACCUGGUGCCAGAAACAGACCGACGGCUACAAGAAUGUGAAGAUCACAGACUUGACAUCUUCCUGGAAAAGCGGCAUCGCUCUUUGUGCCUUGAUUCACCGGUUCAAACCCCAGCUGAUAGAUUUUGACUCAUUAAAUGAAGAAGACCAUGCUGCAAACCUCCAGCUGGCCUUGGACGUUGGUGAGCGGGAAUUUGGCAUCAAAUCGUUUACAGCUGGGAAGGAGCUGGGUGCCGAUCAGGAGCUGGAUAAGACCAGGAUGAUCAUCUACCUGUCCAAGUACUACGAGCUGUUCCGUGGCACACCGUUACCUGCCUCAGGUUCCAGAGGAGUGGAUGAAAACAAAGAAGAUUAUCCAUCAAGGGACGUCCGAAGUAAUAAUAAUGUUCUCAAUCAUGCACUGCCUAGGAAACGGGUACCAAAGGAUGAAAAGAAGUCAGAUGGCACAGAUCCCAUUUACAAAAGGAGGCGGAAAUUUAGCAGUUAUUUGGAGGAGGCCACCAAUCUGUCUAGUAACGGGUCCCCAGUGCGAGAGAGCCUCGAGCCUAAGGAGAACAAAGUACGCUCAAUGGCUUCUCAGUUGCUGGCAAAGUUUGAAGGCUCGCCCACAACGGUUCGGAAAACACAGAAAAAAGCUCAGACACAACAAUCUAGAGAGUUUCAAAGAAAGAGUAUAAAGGAGAAAGCUGUUCACCUUAGUGAGAUGUUCACAACAGACAGCCCAGCUGGACUCAAGGGCGGCUCAGUGCGAAGGGCGUUCCCCCCGUCAGGUGACAGGUGUCACUCAUGCGAGAAGAGGGUUUAUAUGGUGGAGAAGGUCUGUGCAGAGGGGCUCUACUUCCACAGGGAGUGUUGCUGUUCUACCUGCAGCUCUGCACUGAGACAGGGAGCACAUGCCUUCGACUCUGAGCAGGGGAAGUUGUACUGCCAACUUCACUUUGAUCAACGCAACAACGGGACAAAGCUGCGAAGGAAUUUAUCGCAACGCUCUAUCCGUUAUGAAGCUGGAGUUCCGGAGCGUUCUGAUGCUGACAGACAGAGCACAGAAUCCAGCAGCACACCAGACCUGCAGAGUGAAUCUUCAGCAGGUACUUUCAGCUCGUUCAUUAGGAAGCGUCUGAGCUGGCCCCUGAGUGUGACACGCACGGUGUGUGACGCCCCCUGGUAUCUGUCCCGACGUGUGCGUAGUACAGCACAGGCCCUCACCACCCACCUGAGGGACAAUGCCCAGGACUACACUUUUCUCUAUGAGCUACUGAGCAUGAGUUUGCCCCUGCUGCUUGUCUUACAGGAAGUACUGCUGCAGAUGUACACAGAGGCUGUGCCCGAUGGGCCAAGCUCUCUGCAGCCGGUACUGCUGUGGCUGCAGGAGCAGAUAGGGCACAGGCUUAUCUAGACACUCUGCAGACCCCAGCUGUUAAUAUCUGACCCUGAACAAGACUCCAAAUGCCUUUUAAGUCAGUGGCCAAGGUGCACAUCAGCAAGAAUGUUCUUGCCUUAUUAUAAUUUGUAGCUGUGCACAUGCACCUUGUUAUGUUUACCUGCAUUUCCUGAUGCAACUGUAGACAGAUUUGCUUUAAGACACUGUACUACAGAGGGUUGGGAACAUUUUAGAGAGAACGAAAGCUGCACCAAAUAGUUUUGUAGUGGGUCUGAUGUGGGUUAAAAUAACUUAAAAGCUUUAACAAGUUAAAAUGAAAAAAACAAACAAAAAAAAAAACAGGCCAAAGUCAGUGCAUUAAAGGACUUGAGACUGCUGAAACGUCAAAUAAUCAUUGCUGUAAAUCUCAAGCUUCGAAGUGUCCUGCAAAACAAAUCCUGCAGUUACUUUAGUUUAACUCAGGCUAUGACUGACUGACUUAAUGCACUUUAUUCUUUGAAAGAUGCCAGGUCAUCGGAGCAGACAGCUACCCCAUGUUUUCUUUGUUAAAGCUGACCACCAGGCAGGUUUAUGUUUGACUGCAUAUGUGCUUCUGCCAUAUGUUUUUAUUUUAUGGAUGCUUGUUUGUGUGUUUUACACAAAAGUUAGCAUAUUCGCUUUAUUAACUCUGACCUCUCGGUUUACUUUCAUUAUCAGUUUUUAUAGAUUUUUUUUUUGACAGAUAAUACCAAAGAAUCUGAGUUUUUAAUGCUGUGUUCUGCAGUUUCUUUUUUAGUGUUUAGUUUGACUUUGCUGCCAUCUACUGUUGACUCAGAAUAACCAUGAAGGCAACAUGAGAUAUCCUAAACCUCCCCCUUGUAACUCUACAGGAAGCGUAUGUUUGAAUCGAUUGAAUGUUAAAAUCAAAUGAGCUGUAGACGACGGGAGCUGGUGAGCAUAUGAUGUGUUUGAAUGUGCCGACCGCUCUUGCCUUCAUUUAAAUGUUGUUUAAAGAUCAACUGCAAACCUCUUUACUGAAGCCUCACAGUUUCUUCUCUAUCAGACACACUAUCUAAUGAUGCUUCAGAGACACUUUAGAGUAUUUCUAAAUCUAAUAUUUGAAAGUUGUAUUUGUUAAAAUAAUUCAGGCAUUAUUUUAAGUGUUUUACGGCAUGAAAUGCUAGAUGUGCAACAUGUUUGUCUUUUGUUAUCGUGUGGCUAAUAUCUGAUGUUGAAUUACUGAAUCUGCGUGUCUGGUUUACAGUGCACAAAAGGGUCGGAGCUUCAGUGUAUUUAAUAUACCAAAGAGCUGUUUUCUUACACACUGACUGGACUUGUGUAACAUUUAUUUUUCCAUGUCUGUAUAACAAGGCGACAGACUGUAACUCGGUGCCAACACAAAUGUUCUCUUCAUAAUGAAUGUCAGUAUUUGUUUUGUUUCCAUAAACAAUUUUUUACCUUU